AUGCAUUUCUUCACUGCCCUCACUGCUCUCGGGGCCAUGGUAGCCACCUCUACAGCUGCUGCCACCCCAAAUGCCCCAUCAAACCACUCUACAAUCGAUAUCAAGCUCUCUGCCACUGAUAACACCAUGGUCAAGGCCGUUAUCACCAACACUGGUGACCACGCUUUGAACUUGCUACAGUUCAACACCGUCCUUGACAAGAACCCAACCCGCAAGUUCAAAGUCUAUCAGAAUGGCACUGAGGUCAAAUUUACCGGAAUGCUUGCCCGCUAUAAGAUGACCAACCUCUCAUCCAAGUACUUUGCUACCCUUGGUCCAAAGGCUAGUGUUGAGCGCUCCUUUGAUAUUGCCGCCACCCACGAUUUGAGCAAGGGCGGAAAGAUUACAGUUAUGGCCCACGGCACUAUCCCCACUGCUGAAGAGCAUGGUACUACUAUUAAAGGAUAUACUACCUACGAGUCCAACAAAAUAACUAUGGAUGUUGAUUCAAAGAAGGCUGCCUCUGUCGUUCAAGCUAUGGGUAUCGUCAAGAGAUCUGGAUCCAUCGAUAAGCGCAAAUCCGUGUCGAUCAACAGACGAACCAACAUCGAUACCUCCAGUUGCUCUGAGGACCAACUCAGUGUUCUAGAGACUGCUCUUUAUAACUCUGCCGCCCUUGCCCAGGCCGCUGCUGAAGCCGCUCCCUCAAAUCUAGACACUGUUGCCGAGUAUUUCAAGGCCACCGAUCGCCGUACCGUCAACACCAUUGUUAGACGCUUCCAAUCUGUCGCCAGUGAAUCUACCUAUACCAACGAUGGAAGCACCACCUAUUACUGCAACGACUCUAUGGACGGCUGCCAGGAAGGUGUUCUUGCAUAUACACUUCCCUCUCAGAAUGUUGUUGUUAAUUGCCCAAUUUAUUAUUCUGACCUCCCAGCACUUGCAGAGUCUUGCCACGAACAGGACCAGGCCACUACCACUCUCCACGAGUUUACUCAUAACUCUGCCGUUGUUAGCCCCUUUUGCGAUGAUUUGGGCUACGGUUAUGACCACGCUACUUCCCUCCCUGCCUCUUCGGCGAUCCAGAAUGCCGAUACUUAUGCUCUCUUUGCCAAUGCCAUCUACCUUGGCUGCUAG